UGUCUCGUCUGGUGACGGUGCUGUAGGAGAGCCUCAACGCAAAGCUAAUAAUCCUAGAAAUCAGAGGUGCGUGUCACACACAUCCUCUCUCUUUCUAUCUCUCUUCUUACACUCACGGGAGGAUGAACAGUCCCGUUAUAGAAGAUGAGAACUGCACUUAAUUUCACUUUUUAAACUCUUUUGUUUUCUGUGGGAUAGUGCUCGGCUAAUGCGAUGGUAACGUGGCUCAUCAACAACACCGGGGGGAUUUUCAGGAACUUUUUUCACCUCGGGUACUCCGGAUCUAAUGCUUUCAUUAUUUAGAGAUGUCUUUAAAUAGCCAAUAAUUGUCCAACAGAGGUCUUUAAUGUAUGUUAUUGAGUAUAUUUUUUUAAACCGGCAAUAUUUUUUUUAACAUUUAAGCUGUUUGUGUCCGAUAACAUACGAUUUAUUCGGUUAAAAUCUCGCAGAUUCAUUCACACCCGGUUUACUGUGACUAGCGUAUGUUAAAAUUGCUACUUAGUGUGUAAGUAGUUGUGCAGAUGCUCUAAUAUUAUAAAUAUCACGUUUAAUAAUUGUAUUUUGUAUUUAAGGAGAUUUAUCUGUCGCUGUCGUGCUGGUUGAAGUGAGAUUUACGUGCCUCAAUCCACCUUUCGCGUGUUUUUCACCCACCAUCCCUUCAUGAACUUUCAUUUUUGCUGCUUGUGAAGGUGUUUCAUUAGUCAGUACUAGGAAGGAAAGUGUCGUUAUUGUGUUGAGAUGCGGAAGGGUGAGGAGCAGAGCUGAGGAUAAACAUGUUAAGGGUUUAAAGUGAAUGGCUCGGUGAUCAUGUCGUCUAUGGAGGGUGUUUUCUCCUGGGUGGGAGACUGGCAGUGGCUCUGCAUGGUCACUCUCUUUCUGGCCUCGGUUGUCACUUUGAUUAUAUACUUGGUGCUGUAUUUUUCCAACGAACCUCCUGCUGGGAAAACACCUCUCGGUCAUGUGGAUUCAGAGGAAGCUGAUGGGAUUUUAUGUUGGGUGCUGUCUCUGAAAAACUGGAAGAGUCAGUGGAGACAAGCCUGGUUUAGGGGCCUCAAUGAAGAAGCUCGUAGAUCACAGAGUGGGAUUCAGCUGACCUUUGAAGAAGAUGGUGUCCAGUCAUCAGAACUGACCUUGGACCAGAUUUCAAGCUUUACAAAAACACCCGGUCAAAAGAAUGUCUUGUGUCAGGUGGUUGGAAACAAGCUGCAGUUUUCUCUCAGUGCUUUACCGAGCUCAACAUCUUCAGAAACCCCCCUGAGAUACAGUGUGAAAAUAUCUCCACUUCGUCUGCAGCUGGCCCUACAGAUGAAAGAGGUGAAUGGGGAGGUGGAGAUUUCCUGGAGGGUGCUUCACCUGGACUCUGUAGAUUUGCAGCUGACGCCAAGUUUUGCGCAGGGAGAUUAUGAGAGUCUAAGUGAAGCAGCUGUGAGCGACAGGCUCAGACAGGUCUUGAAUGGAGCUCAAGCAUUUGUAACUCUAAGCAGCCGACCUGCAGAGUCUGCAGAAGUCCAGGAAGUAAGGAACAAGACCUUGCAGGUGACCUCACCCCCGAAGCCCCCACGAGCUCAUGAAUGGAAACUAUUAGUGAAGAACAUCCGGGUCACAUGCAAACAGGAGGAUGGUGCUGCAGGCGGCAUGAAUCCCCAGUGUAUCCUCCAGUUGGAUGAUCCUCCUCAGAAGGUCGCCAGUUCGGUCUUGACUAACACAUCCACUCCGGCCUGGGACCAGCCCUUCAUAUUUGAGCUUAGCGGUCGGUCAAAGGAGCUGAACAUCCAGGUCGUGGAUAACGGCAAACCUCGGGAGAGUGGUUUGUUAGGGCAGGUAUCUGUGCCUUUUGAUCUAGUGAAGAAACACCCCAAAGGUCAACAGACCUUUUCACUUAUGACCAAAGAUCAAGUGACCGGAUCAUUAACUACUGAGUUCACCUAUCUGGAGCCCAGCGAGGUGCGGAGCUGGCAGACGCCCAUGCCGGCCCCUACUAAGAGAGUGGAGAUGGACCGCACUGUGAUGCCCUGUGGCACUGUUGUCACCACUGUCACUGCUGUGAGGAGCAAACCAGGACGACCUUUGCCACCGGAAUCCAAAUCGCCCUCUAAAAAUAAGCUGGCGGAGAGAAGGGUGUCAGAGCAGGCGUCGAUACUCGGAGCCAAAGUUAGCAAAGCCCUGUCAUCAUCGGAUACAGAGUUAUUGAUGCUAAAUGGGACCGACCCUGUAGCCGAGGCUGCCAUCAGACAGCUCCAUGAGUCGGCAAAACAGAAGCUAAAAUCUCCCGUCAAAAAGAGCACCAUCAUCAUCUCAGGAGUAACCAAGGCCCCUCUAACACAGGAUGAGGAGAUGACUUUGAUGGCAGGAUAUGCAGCUGCAAUGGACGCUUCUAUGUCCGGAGUAUCUGAGGGCACCAGCAGUGAAGUAGCAGCAUUACCCUCGGAAACAGUGGCAGAACCCAACUUUCUCCAACCCGUAGAGUCCCUGGUGGGUGCGAAUGGCACAGAUCAUGUGGAGGACUGGGAGAGCCAGGCCGGAGAGGACCCAGAUGCGGAUAAGUCAUCUCUGUCCCUCUGUCCCUCUGAAACGGGUUCUAAAAAAGGAAAAGGCAGCUUCCUGCACAAGAGUGCCAAGCUAUUCUUCAGACGGCGACAUCAGCGAAAGGAGCCAGGGAUGAGCCAGUCACAUAAUGACCUGCAGUACUUGGAGCAUCCCGAAGCGGCCAUGAUGGGUGACAGAGAAAAGAGGACAGCCACCUUCAGGCGCAUUAUCAACCGCAAGCUUCUGCCCAAGAGCAAGAGCAAAGCCAACGGCACAGUGAGAGAACCACCCACGUGAACUGCCCACUCCAUCGCAUUAAACAAGGCCUACAUUGAAACUAAUAGUUUUUGCACCUCUUCAGUUUUUUCUAACUUCCACCUUUUCACAUUCAUUCUCAACUUUUAUGCAAGUCAUUUCUUGUUUCUUGGCCGUAUUUGCCAAAACAUCUGCGUCGCAACAAUCACAGUUUCGUCAACUCCCUCUCAACACAUCAUCCACAUUUCAGAAUGCCAAUUUCAUUAUUAAUCAUACCCCCCAGCUUGUUUUUCUUGAUGUUACUCUAUGAAGUCCACUAGUUUUAUCUCUUCAUCAAUGUAAAUGGGCAUCACAAGCUUGUCGCUCUCUCUACUUGACCGUUCAGUCGACUUUCACCUUUAUCUUUGAACUUUGUGUAUGCAAGAAAGUUUACAGAACAGCAUUCAAAUGAGCACUCGAUCUCUUCGUCGCUCCAAAUGACUCAAAAGAGUCAUUUAACCUUAUGCAAACUGUGAUCAUCAUGCAAAAGAUACUCCUGCGUUUGUGGCCUUCUAACCAAAGUGGGAUUUGAGGAUAACCCUUUCUUGCCAUUUACCUAAGCUUUAUCCCUCUGGAAACCCUCUGGUGACCUGAUGGAACCUGGACUAUCAGACAAGGGAAAACCAUGGAUUUGAUUUGCACUUCUUUAUAUGCUCUGAACUCAUUCCAAAUGCAUUAGCAGUGAUGUACAGUGAAUUCUGGGGAGUUUGGUUGCUCUGAAUUAGUUAUAAAUCAUGUGAAAGAGCUCUGCCUUGAUGUGAAUUGAAUAUGGGAGUUUUCGUUUUGUUAGGGAGACAUUUCUGCAGUUUAGGCCAUAUUUGUCUUUGGGAAUAGUGACUUUUAUUUCCCCAAAUUUGUUAAGUGAAACAUUUUCUAACAGAGCAUAACAAAAUGUUCUGGGUUGGCACUGAUGUGUUCACUUUAAGACAGGUUUGGUUUUCUAUUCAUCUUUUAGAGGUGGGAAAAUAUCAGCUAAAGAUAUUAUUAGGGUUAUUUUAUUUUAAAUAUUUUCUUUUUAAGCAUACAUUAUUCAAUAUACUGUGUAAUUAUAGGUCAAAUAAUGUGCUGAUUUCUUUUUUCAUUUCAGUCAUUCCACACGUUUGCCACACGUUUUUUUAAAAAGUUGAUGUGAGUGAAUUGUACCAAAGGUUUUUAACACUAAGCAAGGGCAUUUUCCCCAUUGAGAAAGACCAGAAAAUGCAAGAGCGUUGGCCUCUUGAAUUUAGCUAUUCAUUAUGUUAAUAAUUUGAGUUAUUUUCCCAAGUGUGGUGUUUUCUUUGACUUGUACUCUUAAGCCACCUGAAAUGUUGGCUGUGAAUGCCAACCGGUUUGUAUUUUGGACCUCAACUGUUGAUCCUGUGUGCAGAACUGCAGUGGAUUUGUGGUAAGGGAGAUUCAAUAACAGCCUCCAUUUGACAUUUACUUGAACUCAAGCUUCAUAUGUAGGAGAAAUCUGAAUGCCUGUCCAUACUGAAUGUUGCCAGAAAGAAACCUCAGCAGUCUGGCUGUUAACUCUGUAUUUUGGGAGGACUACUGUUCUGUUCCUUAACCCCCCCCCCCAUUUGUCUAUUGUGUGUUGCCAUUUACAGCCUGGAUGCUAUCACUUCAUUUGGUUGUAUAUCUUAACAGUCACAAGGUUAAACAGGUAUUGAAAUGGAAGGAGGCAAAUGAAGAUUUUAUUUUUGUCAUGCUUGCUAGGCCGUCCAGAGGUGAUACAGCCUUUAAAUAAAAUCUAACACAUCAGUCCUCUGUAUAUUCGUAUCAUAAUAUAAUCAUGUGCAUUGAAGAACUCCUCAUUAACUUAACUCAUCUGUGCUUUCUAUUGGACUCGGGUUGGCCUCCUCAACCAGAAUGUCCUUAGAAAUUGUUGUUGUGAAUGAUAAUUGUAUCCAUGAGAACCUGAUGAUCACCAUAACACAUUUACCUGCAAUAUUAAGAUCACACAUCUGUGUAUGGCCUGUGCGGUAAGAACUUAUAGAGCUGUUCAGUUUGUAGUCCUAAAACCCUCUGGAAUUCUCUAUCAGCUUUUAAGAAUGGUGGGUUGUGAUGUAAUAAGUCCAUCAUUACUUGAAGAGACUUGUUUAAAUUACACUUGGACAUGUUGCUAAAUAAGGACUACCACAAGUAUGCUAGUUUACAAGUCCCUGUUGUUGUUCUUAUAUCAAUAAAGCUUUAAAUUUCACAUUUGAUGUCUGAGUUUAUGUAAUGUGUUGCUUAAUGUUGAAGUCUUUUCAAGUCAUGUUAAACAGAACUUUUUUUACUUUUCGAACCCAAUAGGAUUUUCCUGAGGGGAAACUGAUUAGCUGAUUAGUUUUCUGGUUAUCUUACAAACUGUACAGCUCUAUUAUGGUAAAGUGAUAUCUGAGCAUAAUGAAUGCUAUGUCGGGAUUAUGUUCAUUAACAUAUCUUUAUUGGUUUGAGCAAUAAACACUGACUGAACA